AUGCGGUGGCUCCUUGUUCCCACCAUCUUCAUCAUCCCUUGUACGCAACAGUUUUUCCACAGCCCACCAGUGCAGCCUGGAGAUAAACCUUCAGAAACUGGUGAAGUCCACCAGCGCAAGGAGGUUUGUCACUGGCCAUGCAGAUGUCCGCCUGUGCCAGCCUGCACCCCUGGGGUAAGCUUGGUGAAGGAUGGCUGUGGCUGCUGUAAAGUCUGCGCCAAGCAGUCAGGAGAGCCCUGCAAUGAAGCAGACGUUUGUGAUCCCCAUAAAGGUCUCUACUGCGACUACUCGGAAGACGAGCCUAGGUAUGAAAAAGGCGUGUGUGCAUAUCUGGUAGCUGUAGGAUGUGAGCUCAAUGGAGUUUAUUAUCCCAACGGGCAGACCUUCCAGCCUAACCCACUUUAUAAGUGCCUGUGUGUCAGUGGUGCAAUUGGAUGUACACCUGUAUUCACACCGAAACUAGCAGUGAGUCCCUGCACCAGGGUCACGGGCAGAAAGAAGCCUGGACAAUCUAUUUGUGGCCUAGGACAGCAAAAGCAGCUUCAAUCAACCAACUACAGACUAAUGUCAGCUUACAGAAGCUUACCGCUAGUCUUGAAGAAAAAGUGCCUUGUACAGGCAACUCCCUGGACACCCUGCUCCAGGACCUGUGGUAUAGGCAUAUCCAGCAGAGUGACCAAUGACAACAGAAGAUGUGAGAUGAAAAAAGAAAAGAGAUUAUGCUUCAUCCAGCCUUGUCUGACUAAUAUGCUGAAGAAAAUAAAGAUUUCAAAAGGAAAAACAUGUCAACCAACAUUCCAGCUUCCAAGAGCAGAGAAGCUAGUUUUUUCUGGAUGCUCAACUACUCAAAGCUACAGACUAACUUUCUGUGGGGUGUGCUUGGACAAGAGGUGCUGCAUACCUAACAAGUCCAAAAUGAUCACUGUACAGUUUGAGUGUCCCAACGAAGGCUUCUUCAAGUGGAAGAUGAUGUGGAUAACGUCGUGCGUAUGUCAGAGGAUUUGCAGUGCUCCAGGAGAUAUGUUUUCGGAACUCAAAGUCCUAUGACAAGUUACACCACUGACUGUAACACACUGACAACGCAAAAGCACAUUCACACCCUGAGGAGUUAGCAUAACCCUCUGCCACAGCAGUGUUUAUACUGUGGCAGUAUAAACAGUAUAAGCAGUGAAACAACAUAAGUGAAUACUUAC